AUGUUCCCGCCAUCACAGGGCUUGCGUCUUGACAUUGAUGCCAUCAGUCAGAUCUUUGGAUCGAUCAGUAUCGCUUGUUGGAUAGUCGUGUUCUCGCCCCAGAUCAUUGAGAACUGGAAGAGAAGCUCAGCAGAUGGCUUAUCAGUCGUCUUCAUCGUAAUAUGGCUGGCUGGUGACUUCUUCAAUAUCAUUGGUGCGGUCUUGCAAGGUGUGCUGCCGACUAUGAUUAUCUUGGCUGUAUACUACACCUUUGCCGAUAUUGUGCUGCUUCUCCAAUGCUUUUGGUACAAGGGCUUCACACUGCGAGACGACUACAAGAAGCCCGGAGACGACUCAGACAGCACGACAACGUCAGCUUCAGAGCAGUCACCGCUCCUCUCAGCUCAACAGCAACCGUCAAACGGAUCACACGCCAAUGGCAACGGUAACGGAUAUGGAUUCGACAUUGCCCCACCUAGAAUCUCCGACAUCGACAGACGCUAUUCGUCAAACUCCCAAGGCUCAUUCCGCGAACGCUUCCUCUCGAUCGACGGCACGCAUCUCUCGCCCGUCACGCCACUGCACAACGACCCAGCCCAGACCGCUACCCCACCGCGCCCGCAGCCCGCUCAAUCCACCUUGCAAACAGUCCUCUUCAAUCUCGGCACCAUCCUCCUCGUCAUUGCCGCUGGCAUCUUCGGCUGGUAUCUCAGCGCCUCGCGCGCCCCACCGCCACAUCACAGCCACACGCCCUCGUCCGAAUCCACCCUGCACUUCAACCUCUGGGGCCAGAUCUCCGGCUACGUGUGCGCGCUGCUGUACCUCGGCUCGCGUGUGCCCCAACUCCUACUCAAUUACCGCCGCAAAUCCACCGAUGGCAUCAGCAUGCUGUUCUUCCUGUUUGCCUGCCUGGGCAACCUCACGUACGUGCUGAGUAUCCUCGUGUACAAGCCGCGGUGUGCCGGACACCAUGGGGCAUGUGCGGACGGCGAGGCCAGGCGCGUGUAUGGGAAGUAUGUGGCGGUGAACUUUAGCUGGCUGUUGGGAAGUUUCGGCACGUUGGUUUUGGAUGCGUGUGUGUUUGUGCAGUAUUUUAUGUAUAGGAGGGAUGAGGAGAGUGAUGGGGAGGAUGAGUAG